AUGGGCUCACCCCUUGGACCUCCCCUAGCUGAUGUCUUCAUGGGAAAAUUGGAGAGAUUGCAACUAAGCGAACAGAUCGAUAAGCUCAAACAUUACGGUCGCCAUGUUGACGAUAUCUUUGUCAUUGCCACUGCAGAAACCGAUGUAGCAACCCUCUUAGAUGCGGCAAAUCAGGCACAUCCGUCGAUCAAAUUCACGCUGGAGAUGGAAACGGCCGGUUCGCACCCUUCCUUAGAUGUUCUUCGAAGCAGGAGACCUGACGGGAGUGCCCGAAGAAGCGUCUAUCGGAAGAAAACCUGGUCUGGACAAUACACGAACUUCGUCAGUUUCGAACCCCGAUUAGAUGGUAGUUGGUAGCCCUCCCGGCACUGAAAACUCCCAGCUACCUGACUGACGGGACCGGUGGUAAUAGGGGCUAUACGGGUGGGGCAAAUGAGUGGAGGCGUAAAUGGCGCUUGUAUGGAAUGCCUGGAAUGGACGAUCCUGAUAAAGUGGAAACCUAAUUUAAAUAAGGUGAAAAAUGCGAGGAAGAUGAACACUUCGGGUCUGACUGGCGUAUGAGACGCCUUGCUGUUGUAGUCUGAACCCAUGAGGUAGUAAGUGCGCGAUGUGGUAGGUGAAGUGCGCCCAGUUCAAACCCAGCAUUAUCGAAGCGCCCGGGGAGUGUCGUAGUGCCUUAAACUGGAAGUGCAGGAAAGGAUCGCUAACUGGCCAUGGCGGUGUUUACAAGGCGUCACAGUUUUCAGCCAAAGCCCUGCGACUAAAUACAACCGGGCUGUUCGUAAAGGCGGGGGAUGGAGGGCAGCACUCUGUCACUACGACUGAUGCAGUGGAUGGCGUAUCGGUAGACACCCUAACUGAGCGUCGGUUGUCCUUUCGUACAUGAUCGCACCGGACUCUACUGCAGGUCUGGAGUAAAAAGACCCAAGGAUGCAGGCAAACCGACGAAACGGAGACCCGCGCCAAUCCGCCUAGGAUAGUACCUAUGCAAUUUAUCUGAUGCAGGUAAUACUGUGCGCACAUGCAAUUAGAAGCAUAAUGGGAAGCAUGAUGAAUCAUAAUCCGUUUAGGAUGAAUCUUUCGCCUUUUACUAAAGAUUUCCGUGUGGGAGUGCAAUACAAUGAGUCUUUAUAGACAGUUUUGCAGCGCCUCGUUCUCGGGGCGGUUAAAGUGAAGAAGAAAGUCAUCCUGACAGGGUCUCUCCGCGUGCACCCCCCAGACAUAAUGAGAACGUUAGCACAUAUACCGAAAUCGAACCAGUAGGUACAGUUGUAGAAUCAGUGGGCAGGGCUACCAACUUCCAUCCUGCCCGAACCCCUCCAACAAAGCGAAAUCUAGUCCGAUGUUUGGCACAAAGUGCUAGAAAAAUUACCUCAACAGAUAGCAUCGAGGAGGAGCUCAGAAAAAUCCAGGACUUCCUUCGCAAAAACGCGUAUCCUGAACGGUUUAGUGAAAAAAAUAUUCCUGGACGACCGAUCAAACCCGCCACACGGACCGCCGAAAAGAAGACUGUUCCUCAAGAUCCCUUUCAAAGGGGACGCCGCGAGUACCUCCUAAGGAGACGCCUUCAUCGAGCUGUCUCGCGAACCUUCUCAGCAGCAAGCAUUCAAAUAGCAUUCUCUAGUAACCCGAUUUUACGCGGAGAAGGUAAGGAUAAGUUGCCACCGCAGACCACCUCAGCAUAUAUUCCUUCACUUGCUCCUGUGAAGCAGGUUAUAUUGGUCUAACGAGUCGGCGCUUAUCCAAGAGAAUACGCGAACGCCUUCCCGCAUGGCUGAUAAAAGGUGAAAGUAGGAGAAUAGACAGCGCCAUUCUCGCGCAUGUUGUCGAUUUCGGACAUCCUGUGGACCCCAACGAAGCUUUUCGUGUAAUUUAUAAGGUCCUAUCGAGCUACCCUAAGCUACUAGGCCAGCGCCUGUUAGUGGCAGACGAAGCAGCCGCUAUUAGGCUACGAAAGCCAAUCUUGUGCGAACAGAAGAACCACGUUCAGGCUCCGCGCCUACAGUGGCCAAAGGUCGACUAACGCUGCUACACUUCGCGCCCUUCCGCUCUCACCCCGCCCCUGACAAUGAUUGCUAUUACCCACCCCCCCCCCCACAUUCCCACACCCCGCCCGUAUUUAAGUAGAACUUUUAUCGAUUUUUCUUAACGCUGACGUGUUUUUCUUCUACCCCGUUCUCAUAUAACUGUACAGGCCCGGCGAGAAUUUAUCGAAAGCUACGUAUGCUCGCCAUCUCGUCUUCUGAUUACGGCUAUGGGAAUUUUCUAAAAUUAGAAAGCUGCUAAAAACCAAACGAUACUCUUCAUUCAAGUAUUAAAUUUGAAGAGGAUUUAAUUUGCCGCCGAAUAAGUAAAAAAGAAUAAUUUCGUACACGUUUUCUAUGCAGUAUAUUUGAACUUAUGGGGGUAUCGACAAUCCGCGUGAUACUAAUUCUUACUACUUAAGUAGUACUUUUUUACGAAAUAUACUUUAUGCCAGCGGUUGAUUAAGAACUCAUUGGAAAGUCGGUAUCCUGAUAUAACUAGAAUAUCUCGGCAUUAUGGGGCAGGAUGUCUAACAUAACAGCCCUUCUUCAGUAACUUUUUACGAAUCAAAUGUACGUUUCAGAAUUCUGAUUAGCAUUUCAUGAGGUAGUACAUCUACUGUACUUUAGAAAGUUACUACUACUGUGUAGGUUUGCCGAUUGACCUUUAAGCGUGCGUUUUUGUCAACAUAAACCUUUAAUAUUGUCAUCGUGUGCUUUCAUCCGUUUAACCUGUCAGCGUUCGAGUCGCCUGGAAUUUUCCCAGAAGCUUUUAGAUCAGUUCAGAGAGUAUAUGCGUUUAUGCGAUUUUUUUACAGUGCUGACAUGAGAAUUCCAGAUAUGCCAACAAAGAUGUCUUGCUGAAUGCGGACGGCUUAAAUUUUUUGUAAUGACCAAAUGCGCUCAGGUUAGCAAACGUAAGAGAUCUGGGCCGAUACUCUGGGAAGAAUGAAAUGCUCACCGGAUUAAGGGAAUUGCUGUGUAGACGCUUCGGAGAUCUUGGUCGGCCUUCCGUGAUUAAAGCGUUUAGUGCAAAAAUCAACCAGAAUUUUGUAUACACAGCGCAAUAGUUGGCCUUGUGCUGGUCCGUACAAUACACCCAUUUUGGGAAUUCCGUACAGCUAAACGUUAAACGUAAUUUAGUCCGCCGUUUGACAGAAAGAGUGAAAAGAAUCUGCUCAGCUGAUAGCAUUGAGAAAGAGCUUAAGAUCAUGGAAAGCCUCUUUCGCCAAAACGGGUAUCCUGAUCGAUUCAUUGUUAAGGACGUGGCCGAAAGAGCACAAAAGCCCCCGAUACUGACGGCAAGAAAGAAAACGCUCUUUAUCAGGGUCCUAUUUCAAGGGGAUGCACAAAGUGAGCUUUUAAGAAGACACCUAACCCAAGCUGUAGCACAGACCUUCCCAGCAGCUGACACCCGUGUACUGUUCUCCACCAGUCCCAUCUUAUACGGAGAGGGCUAGGACGAACUACCAGCUCAGACCACCUCUAUGUGUAUCUACUCCUUCACCUGCUCCUGUGGGGCAGAAUAUAUUGGUCGCACGAGCCGGCGUUUAUUCAAAGUAAUGAAAGAACAUCUCCCAGCAUGACUAAGAAAGGGACAAAUAAAGACCAUCAACAGCUCGAUCCUCGCGCAUAUGUUAGACACAGACCACUAUGUAGACGCCAGAGAGGCCUUCAGAAUGAUUUACAAGGUCCCAUCAAGCUAUCCAAAACUGCUUGGGCAGCGCUUGUUAGCUACGGCAGAAGCGUCUGCAAUCAGGCUACGCCGACCGAUCCUAUGCGCACAGAAGAACUUCAUACAGGUCCCACAGUUACCAUGGGUCAAAGCCACCAAGCCAGCCACCCGCAUGUAAUUACCUUCGUCGGGGCCCACCUUCUCCCGGGCGCUGACUGGAAUUGUGGUGUUUCACUCUCACUCUCCCCUCCCCUCCACACACCCGAGCUAAAGUUUAAUUAUCUACUUGCCCAUAUCUUUUAAUUUAUUACUUCAAUAGUCAUAUAAAUGCACAAGCCUGAAGAGAAUUCAUCGAAAGCAGACGUAUGCUCGCCAAAUUGCCUUUUGAAUUUCACAGUGGAAAUUUUCGCAACUGUACAUUUAGCUACUUAAACUACAACAGUGUUUUAAAAUAAAUCUGGGUGGUAAGACGGCUUUUGGUUUCAGGCUGUAACCUGAAGAAUUCUUUAGAAUUAUCAGUGGGCGAUUGUCCCCCAUAGACUACCCAUUUAGCAUAAUUUUUGUCAAUUCCUCAGCGCGUGGGCGCUAUUCGCGCCUUUUAAAUUUUUUUAAAAAUUGGGGAAACUUCAUAAAUUUUUUUACGAUUUCGCAGAUAAUACGGCAAAUCAUUUUGCUCAGAAUACCAUUCACAAAUUCUCUUUUACAUUUGACAAACAAUUAACCGGCCAAAAAGUCCAGAUAUGGCCUCCAACUAUACUGCAGAUUUCAAAUACUGUCUGUCAGUGAGUAACAAAUCUGUUUUGCUUAUGCAAAAUUAGAAUUUUGCGUACAGCCAACUCAGAGUCUCUGUAUAUAUUUUUAGGACACAAAACUUUUAUUGUUCCCACUUCCGCCUACGUCGUUCGUGUGGCGGUCAUCUUCCGCUUGUCCUGAUGUGGUUUGUUGGCUUGCAAUCAAACUGGCAAAGUAUUGUGCAACAUGUGUUUUCUGGGACUUUCAUACCACUCGCCGCAGUAAUGCAACGCUUAUUUUUUAGCCAACCAGGAUGGCAGAUGACGAUGACCGUGACCGAACCCUGUGACGUAUAAACUAGGCUUUAUCAGUCUUUUAACUCACAAAUGUGGCCAUUUUGACUCAGUUGUGUUUUUGUUUAGAAACAAAAACAUUUGAGAAACUCCGUAAACAAAACAUUGUAUACGUCAUGAUUACGUUUUUCUACCAGAGAGAGUGGGCUUACGUAACGUGAUUAAAUCGGCGUCACCCGAAUUUAGCAGAGCUAAGGAGCCACCUUUAACGGAUUACUAGCAAAUCUCACUUAUACACAGUGAACUGAGUAAGUACAAAGAUGUGGAUCUGCAACAUUGCACGCAGCUCAUCUCAGUUUAGGAAUUUUUUGGGAUCGCAUCAGCGUAUUAUUGUCAUCCAUUAGCAUAAAGGGCAGAAAUGCCACAUGGAUUGGACGGCAAAGUUUUUUCAAUUUGAGCAAGCUAGAUGACAUGAUUCUUCUUUCAGUACGUACAGUGAGUGACCGAUCUCGUGAAAUGUUCGCUGACAUUCCGAAAUGCGUUUUCGAUUAGGAAGGAUUACUUGGUCGUGGUUGCAAUAAUGAUUAUCUUGCGGCAUAAUCCGUUAACAUUUCGGACUCGGCAUGAUGGCGUCUUUUAAAUGGACUUCUUUUCAAUCUCCUGUAAAGACCCUACUCGGUAAAAGUGACUACUUAAGUAGCAUGCACUUUUCCCAUUGAUUUUCGGUGGUUUCGAAAAUUCAAAUAUAGCUCAUAGAAGCCAUAAACAACAUAUGCUUUCUUUCAGUCAAUUAAUAGAGAAUCACGUGUUCUCUGUAUUUUAUGCUCAAGACAGGAGUAUAAUUAGGUUUUAAAAAAGUUUCUAAUUAUUAGAUUUUUAAGACCGCGAAAUGCCCAUUCACGUAUCAUCGUACCGGUCGUUUACCACAGCUCCCCGUGAAAUUUGCAACAUAGUUUGCAUCCGUUGCGAAAUUUUAUGGACUCUGUAUGGUAUCAUUUUAAUGGCAUAGAAAAAUGUGUGAUUUUUUUACGCUGGGCGCAUGCACCUUGUAGACUGAAAUCACUAAGCACUAAUGUAGCGAAUGUUCAGGCUGCAAAUUAUUCCGUAAUUAGAAAACUUUUUUUGAAAUCAAAUUAUACUCCUUCCUUGAGUAUACAAUAUGAAGAAGACGUGAUCCCCUAUUAUUGACUGAAAGAAAGCAUAUUUUUGUUUAUGGUUUUUGUAAGAUAUAUUUGAAUCUACAAGACCAUCGAAAAUCAAUGCGAAAAAUACAUGCUAAUUAAGUUGUCAUUUUUUGCCGAGUAAAGUUCCCACAUGAGAUGGAAAAUAAGUCUAUUCGAAAGACGACAUCCUACCUAGUCCGAGAUAUUAAAGGAUUAUGCCGCAAGCUAGACAGUAUUACAACCGUGACCAAGUAAUCCUUCCUAAUCGAAAACGCAUUUUAGAAUUUCAGCCAACAUUUCAUGGGAUCGGUCACUCAUUGUAUAUUAGCAUUCACUGUUUUUUCGUUUCAAUCGACCUGUUUCGGAUAUGCCGUUCAACAUAGUAAUCACUAGGAAUAACAAUAACAUGGGUAAGAUCCCUUUGUCUAGACCUCUAAAACGAAGAAUAAUUCGGCGCGAGAUGUGUCAAUUUUGCAUUUAACAAAGGAAUUGUUAUAUCGCUUAUGUCACAACAAGUCGCUUAUUGACUAUAGCAGAAAACUUGACUUAUUUUUUGCAUCUGGAUACCAGGUCAGAUUUUUCUGCCUAACCUUCGUCUACAUAAACCUGGACGAACUUAAGCACAUGAGAAUUUAUCGCCAGCCAAAGGCUUUAUCGGCCAGCAAAUUGUACAUGCUUGUGCCAGUUAUCUGGAUGUCUGCGUCAGGAUUUUUAUUCUCAUGUAAGGAUCUAAAUGAUUGACAGACGGUUAGACUGGAUUUCGAAAAUCGUUCACUGCAGUUCCUACAUUGUAUGUGCAACCGCCUAUUUAUUCUCGACUAAGUAAUUCGGAAAGGAUUUCAAACCCAGUAAAGACGAAUCGUAGACUGUGAAUAGGCUUUCCUUCUGGACUGCCUAAAAGAGAAUAAUUAGAUAGGUUAUACAGUAGACGUGCUAAAUCAUGAAAUGUCAACCAAAAUCUCUACAUACGUUCUCGUUUCGAAAAGAUAAAUUAAGUAGUGUUGUAAACCUAAUCAGGAUGCAGCAAACAUCUAUAAUAAUCCAAUUACCUCAGGAUGCCGGCUUUCGAAAGAACUUAUUUUCCGUUGCAUGCAAGAUCUAUACUCUGCAAAAAAUGACUACUUAUGUAGUACGCAAUUUUCUCAUUGAUUUUCGAUGCCCUUGAAAAUGCAAUUAUAUUUCAUGGAAAGCAUGCAUAAAAAUAUUCAUUAUUUUACUUAUUCGGUAGAAAAUCACGUUUUCUUCCAAUUUCAUACUCAAAAGAAGAGUAUAAUUCGGUUUUAAAAAACCUUUCUAAUUCCCGAAUAAUUUUGAACCCGACCUGCUGUUACACUUGCAUUCAGGGUUUCAUAACUACAAGCUGUAUAUUUUCCGUGUACGCAAAACCAUGCAUUUCUCUACGGUUUUAAGAGGAGACUAUAUAGGGUUCAUAAAAUUAAGCAGUGGAUUUGAGCAAUAUUGUUAACUUAACAAGCCACGUUCGUAAAUGCAGAUACAUGACGUUUCAUAAACGGCCAUUUAACGGUAUUAAAAAAUCUCAUAAUUAGAAACUUUUUUAAAACCGAAUUAUACUCUUUUUUGAGUAUGAAUUUGGAAGAAGACGUGAUUUUCCACCGAACACGUAAAAGAAUGAAUUUUUUAUAUAUGAUUUCCAUGCAAUAUAAUGGAAUUUUCAAGGGCAGCGAAAAUCAAUGAGAAAAUUGCAUGCUACUUAAUUUGUCAUUUUUUUGCAGAGUAUAGAUCCUGCAUGCGGCCACAAAUAAGUUCUUUCUAAAGCCGACACCAUGAGGUAACUGCAUCAUUAUAGAUUUAUGCUGCAUCAUGAUUAGUUUUACAACACUACUUAAUUUAUCUUUUCGAAAUGAGAACGCAUUUCUAAAUUUUGGUUGACAUUUCAUGAGUUAGCACAUCUACUGUAGAUUCAUGGAGGAAGAGUGACUGGAAUCAGUAACACCUUAGUACCCCUAAAUUUGGUUGUUUUUCGUCUUAAUCAGGGGGCAUGAUAAAAAGGACGUACGAAGCACUGAUACACUUACCGAGGUGCCGAAAAAUUCAGGAUGAAACGCGUGUAAAGUUUAUUUGCUAUUCAGUGCGCCUUAGGACCAUGAUUAAGCUACGGCUGAGUGCAGGCAUGUCGUAAUUAAUAAUUUUCUCACCAACUAACUAGUGAAAUCUCGCGACCUCCUAGUCUUAAAGGCAGCAAGUAAAUGGUGAUACCGCUGUCGGUCAGACACAGAAUUAAGUUGGAGAAUCUUUGCCUUUAACGUGGAGUAGUGUGCAUCUGCAGGAGGAUUAGUUAGCAGGGACUAAACUUGAGAGAUAACACUAGCCGGGAGAAGCUCCGCCAGUUUGUGGUAUUUUGCCAACUCAUUAGUAACGUCAACAGAAUAAAAGGCUAAUUCUAUGCGGAUGAAGUAAAGUUCUGGAGCGUGUUGCCAGAAUCCAGGCAAGGUAAAAUUGAUGGCAUCGAGGGACUGGGCGGGGGCAUUAAGUAGUUGGUUGGAGUGAGACAUAUAAGACAGAGAUGGUAAAAAUAUCAGAAUUCUUGAGAACAGUAGACGUAAAUGAAAUAGAAAUUCACAAACAAAUAGUAGGUUAAAUGUUAUUCGGUAUGACAGAAAGGCAUAAAGUCUGCCUUUACGUCGGGAGUCACCAAUAGUGCCCAACGUGGGACUCGAACCCACGACUCCGAGAUUAAGAGUCUCGUGCUCUACCGACUGAGCUAGCCGGGUGGGUUGUAGAGGUGUGCCAUUUUCCGUCACAUUCAAACAAGCAAUGCGGGUAAACAAAACAGGACUAAAUUGUCAAAGGUAAAUUAGUCCGGUACCUCAAAACAGGCAUGCUACUGGCAGACUUACGACUUGCUCGCAGUCACUUAGAAUAAAUUAGCAGAAGUUAUGUAAGAUAGUCAACCAGGAUAAUAAUCCAGCAUUCAAAGUCCUAGCCCAAAUCAUGUGCCCCCUCGCGCAUUUGGCAGAUAUUACAGCACUGAAAGGAGAAAUAUUUGUUAAAAAUAGCACGGUUAUUCCCUGUGACCAUAUGAGGAGUCGCAGAGUUUGCUUCCUGCUACCACCGGGAUCUUAAGAAAGGUUAUCUAUUUCCGUACAGCCUCGUUUUAUCACAGAACGACUGCAACUCUUGGCUGAGACCAUUUUUUCAUGGUUGUUCCUGUGUAAUUAACUGAGACAUUAGUCCCAAUUGUGCAAUUUUCCAGCAGAAUUUGCCUCCAUUUGGAAUGAAAGCUUACUUCCUCUCACCCGCUUACAACGAAAAUUAAAAUAAAUUAACGACCCUGCAUAUAACCAAUCACAAACAUAUAUUCCAGGAAUUGUUACAACAGUAUUUUAUCCUUCAGGAAGAUUUUAAGGUGCAAUGAAAAACAAACUGUUGUUGCCGGUCACUGUCUAUCUCUGCAUAUAAUAAUUUGGAUGAGUACCAUUUUGAAGUGAGACAAACUGCUGUCGACAAGAUCGUUUAAUCAUAGAUGUAAGAACGAAAAUGGUUUAAGCGGAUUUGGCUUUUGAGCCACCACUGCCACAUUUCUGAUUCUCUCAAAUCGGAGCACGUAUAAUAUGCUCUCCAGCUGAGGUGAAGCUAAGAACAAGUUCAUGUCUACUUUCAACCGUAACUAUAGUUUUCUCUCGAAAAAAAUAGACGUCAUAAAUUUGGGGAUAUUUUCCAACAGCACAAAUAACUCAUAAUGUAAUAUACCCAGCAUACUACUUAUAUUUCAAAAAUGAGAAUUAACUUUCGUUAUGACACAUAUACGCUCGAUGAAUGGCUAAAAGCAACCGGGACCUGACAAAAUUCGUACUUGAUGUCUGGUUAUUUUUGGUCUGAAUGCAGAUAUGUCUACAAUGGUCCAAUUAGUAAACUCUUAUGCUGACUAAAACUUACGCACAUCGAACAGAAGAAAGCGUCUGAGAUGGAGACGUUAACAUUCGCUCAAGGCCGUGGUAUUUGUCAUCUCCAGCAUCCAUAUACGCUGUUAAGAAAUGCGUCAAAUUCCGCAGUUUUUUUUCAUAAACCCAGACCAACCUUCCCUUUCAUGUUCGGGUUGACUUUAACGCACUUGCUUAAAGCGCAUCUUCUUCCUUAUCCACUUUCCCCGUUAUUUGGGCUCAGGUUGCGCUUACUUUUCUUCCCUGUCCCUUUCAGACAUGGCUUCCCUCUUUAGUUCCGCUUUCUGUCGCCGUCCCAUCUUAUAUACCCCUGAGCUGGUUCGCACCUUUCAUGAUUUUUUCAACUGUGGUCCUGUUGUGAAGGGGGUCUAACGCCCCAGAUGUGACGAUGUAGCUGUCCGCCUUUUCCGCUAAUGCGUAAAAACAGCACCUUUGAUUACUCUGGAAACAAAAAAUACACCUUCCCGCAUUCCAGUAUCUUCUUUUUGUGCAUUUGGAGCGGCAUAAUGCUUUCAAUUUCAUUUUCAGUUACUGAAGUCAAACUUCCUUAGAUUAUUUAAAAAAAUGCGCAAAAUUCGACAAAAAAGUCUAUGGGGAGUACGAACGUGGACUCUGCUUGUUAACGACUGCUUCAUGGACCAAAAAAACGCCCGUUGCCUAAAAUUUGAAACGCUAUUCUGCAAAUCCGUGAUUCGGUCAGAACUUCCUGUUCACUUAGAGCAGAUUAGACACUGUUGUAGGCAUCUAAUGUAAUUUUCAUCCAAACACCUUUUAAGCUACUGCCAACGGCUAUUUAGUACCCAGUCUUCCUGUCAGCGUUGAUAAGGACUUUAUUGUAUAAAUGGCAUUCUGUGCAGAAAUAGAACAAUUGGACGUAUGCCGCAGGACGACGUGCCGUUGCUACAAUGAAGUCUCUGUGACAUUUCGAAUAUUGACAAAAUGGCAAUACUAAAUUUUUGGCAAUAAACACCGCGAGGGUAUUGGUCGACGCAUAUUUCACAUCUGUGUUCAAAUGGAAACUGACUAUUCCCCUCUGAAAACGCUUCCAUCAUUCGGACAUUUAGGGGUCAAAGGGCAUCUUUCAUGUUUAGUAAAAACUUUGUGUAUGGCAGGGCAAUUGACACACCAUGUAGACUGUCAAUUAAGACAGCCGCAUUCCUUUAGUAAUCAGGGUAUAAUUUCGCGGGGUGUUUCAGUUCAGUGGGCUGUUUCUAUAAAUAUUUUCCGCAGAGACACCUUAAUGUGGAGUUUAAUGAAAUGCUAUUAAUGGCAAAAGCACGGAAACCCGAAUCAAAUUUAAAAUUAAAAUCACUGUCAGUUUUUAAGUUGCAAAUUCAGAAAGAAAACAUGCAUGCAGUCAGUAUGGACUGAAUGCCACUCGCACAGUAUGGAAUAUUAUAUUCUGAAUAUUUCCAGAAAUGCCCCUAUUGUCGGUUGCGCAUAUUUCUCAAACUUGGCGUAUAAAUAACAUUUUGGCUUGCAAAACGUACGUCAUAGCACGACGCACGUUCUUCUUAGUAGUAGCCAUUACAAGUUUUGGAUAAACCAUAAAUACCAUUGAACUAAAGCUCUACUGGAUGAGUCAGACAUGAGAAUAGAAAUCUCUAAGUGAAACAGUUGUUCGUCAACCAAAGUUUGGGCAGUGCGCUCAUCCCAGUGUCCCAAUCAUAACCAUCACCCUGCCUUAAAAUUAACUCUAGCGCCAGAUUUUACCUCAACGUUAAUCUCCCUUGAAUUUGUCGCAGGCGCAGCUGUCCCUCUACUCAUGUCCUACUGACAGUUCGACCGUCAUGGCCGACGAUGUAAACUGUGCGCUCCACCGAAAGGUGAAGCAAGUACGGUGACUUCUGUGCGAAUUAGUUUAUAGUUGGGGUAGACCUGCGCAGGUUCUACCUCAAUCUCCCCUCCUCUCCGCCUAGACUCGCGUCAAGAAGUAGUUACGAAAACUGGAGGUCUGUUGAGGAAACGUUUUAGGCGGAGACCAUGGGACGCCCACGUCUAUUAUUCACGAUGGCAUCUGCUAUGCCAUAAUCAGCAAACCAUGGCUCUCGUAACAUGGUGCGCAUUGGAAAUUCUCUGGCACCUGGAUCCCUAUCGGUAGAUGCGUCUGCGCUCCCGCCGCCUAUACAGGCUUCCCAGUCAUCCUCGUUGUCUUCCUAACCCAUUAAGAUGCUGUCGCUGUUAUUAAAAAAUCUGGUCACCGUGUUUGUUGUGGGCCAGGGGACGUAGUGUGACGCCUGGGUGGGGGUCCGGGCGUGCCAGUCACCUGCGCCCUCUCGCGUCUUCGGUCAUAUUGACUAUGUUGUGACACCGGACCCAUUUGGGGCAGGAGUAGGGAGUGUGGUAGAUGCCGUGCAAGUCUGUUACCACUAGAAACGGCUUCACGCACAAGUCAUUCUGCCUGCUGUGGAGCACACGGUGGACAUCGUCGUGUAAGAUUCUCGAACCAUCCCGUAGUCGCACAGUAAUUCAUCCGACUUCCACCCAAUAAGCAUCAUAUAUGGUUACAGUAACAACAGUAUAUUAUGUAACGGGUGCGGAGAAGGGUCUAAAGUUAUCAAAAUGAGUCAACUAGCAGUUGUUCGAUAGGGCGGUUGCCGGAAUUGAAAAGGGUUUCCAUGGAUAGAAUUUCCACCGGCUCAAUGUUAAGCAAAAAGGAGACGCAUUGUGCUUCACUAGGGAAAAAAACACUAGGGAGGGAAGAUGCUACGCUAAAUAUUACCUCUCACUCUUCUCCAUAAAUUCCUCAUACCCUUUCAUUUAAAUCAACAUGGUAAUGUCGUCUUCUACAAUGCGAUUGUAGUGACAUUUAAGUCCGUUUUGUUUUAAUCAGUUACAAAACGCUUUGACACAACUUUGAAUAAGACAGAGAACAUGCACGUGCAUUUGUACCUGCUGACGACUUUGUUCUUAUUUACUAGUUUGUAACUGUUGGGACACUGCUAUUUUCGUUUCCCGGAUAGCCUGCAUGCUGUGCCCAACUUAUAUCUUUAUCACGUACACGAUCUUUGAAGGAAGCGGCACGCGCAGGCCGCUCUUGCUGCAAAUUUGAAAUGCGCAAUACAUACUGGCUUGACUAAAAUAAUUUUUGUUCAGAUCGAAAUUACUUAUUUAAGGUACUUACAGAUUAUAUACGCAGUUUAUCGGAUUUCACGUUCACCUUUUCAGGGAUGACAAUUCGGCCGUCGUGACCGACAAUGUCCACCGUGUUUCCCCACAGCAUGCUGAGAGCAGGCACGGUGACUUGUGCGUGAAUUAAUUUAUAGUAGCUACAGACUUGCACAGCAUCUACCACACUCCCUCCUUCUCCUCCCACACAGGGAUCCGGUGUCAAAACAUAGUCAAGAAGACCGAGGACGCGAUAGAAUGCAGGUGACUGGCAUGCCCCGACCCACACCUGGGCGUCUCACCAGGUCCCAUGGCCCACAACAAACACGUGACCAGGAUUUCUACUAACUGCAGCACCUUAAUGGAUCAGAAAGACAAUGAGGAUGAGUGGGCAGCCAUGCUCACGACCUUUAUGGCUAACAGGAGCGCAAACGCAUCUAUCGGCAAGGAACCAGGUGUCAGAGAACUUUCAGUGCACACCAUGUUGUGAGAACCAUGGUUUGCUGAGCAAUGCAUAGCAGAUGCUUACAUACCUUAAGGCCCGUGUUUUACUGGUGAUCGACUGUCCCGCAUAGGCUCACCUACAAUAAACCUGCUGUAUUGAGAUCCAAAGAAGUGUUUCAGUGCAAUUCAGCAUUUCCGAUAGAAACGAACAGGCGAGUUUCAGUAAGCACUUCAAAAUACAAAGAUGCAAUCAUUGACGUUUCGGAUUCUUACUCGUACCUAUCACCAAAGACGGUUGCAGCUGUGUACUAAACAUACUGCAUUUCUUGUGCUACCACUACCCUUAUCUGCGACUGUCUCUGAUUAUGGGUUCGAAUGAGAAUUCGCAACGUCAGGCCAAUAAAUUUUUAGUUCCAGUGAUAGCAUUUUCGUCGUCUAAAUUCAACACUCGCAGUUUCCUGGGAGUAAUCUUCCCAGAGAAGUGGGUAUUGGUAAUCUCAUUUCUGAAAAGGGCCAAAAAUAUUUAGCUCUCUCGUCAAUUUCCAUGACGGCUUGCGUAAUCGUAGAAAAGAAAAAUAAGGUCGCGUUCCGCAUUAACACGUCUGGCAUGCUGUUACGAUCCACUGGUCAUCCUCUUAAUAAUUUAUGGACCACGAAAAGCUGUUUGAGUUUAAGAGUGAAUGUCCGCUACGUAACAGUAACGAAAGUUUACUCCAAUGACGGCGGCAUGCCACAAAGUAACGCUUGACUGCCCGACACAAACAGCUAUGGCGCAAAUAAAUAUUCUAACAGUUCUAACCAACCGAUGGCGUCUUACGUUUCGGUACCAGUCUCCCAAAUGCAACCACUGCAUGUCGCCGCUAAAGGAUGGCAAAAACACAACUGAAGUAGGCGGCAAAAGCAUGUUAACCCUGCCUCUGGUGUCCGUUUAGUUUCAGUUUCGGUUUAUUUAGGGAAAUAUAAGCGGGAGCCCUUGAACUCCCCACUGGUUACAAGUCGUCGGAGGAAAGAAUUGAUGCGAGAAGUUGAAAAAUAUUUUGUACGUAACUGCGGACAGCUGACAGCCACUCGUAAAAGAGUAAUAAUUAACGUUUACUUACUAAUCACAAGUAGUAUAAACACGCAUGAUUUGUGCCAGGUUGUGUAAGUGUAUGGGAUGUUGGUAAUUGGGAAGCAUGAUACGCGUCAGGUCUGCAUUUAAAGGGAUUCACACAGGAGGAGAUUACAACAUCGGUAGGCAGGGCAUUCCACGCUGCAACCACUCUGUCACUGAAAAAGAACUCUCGUCCAUUGAUUCUUGCUUUCCCGUGCGUAGUUUUAGGGGAUGACCGCGCAAAGUGUUGACUUGAGUGAAAUAAUCACUGGGAACUAAACAGCAAUCUAGGCCAUUUAUAAUGCGCAAUGUUAGUAUAAGAUUCCCACAUAAUUGCCUGUUGAUUGAGAAUUGACAUUCUGGUUUCGUAGAGGAAUGCUCCUAGACCAUUUGUCAUUUUGGUCACCCGUCUCUGGACCCUCUCCAAGACGGUAUAGUCCUUGGCAGUCCAAGGUCUCCACGCCUGUAUGGCCUAUUCUAGGUGAGGCCGCACGUAGGUGCCAAAUAUUUCGGAAACGCAGUCAGGGUCAAAUCCCAUAAAGGCUCGCUUAAUGAGUUGUAAUGUAUCCAUAGCCGAUUUGGCCGCCUUCGCGCAAUGCAGUCUUGGUUUGAGUGAAGAUGUAAUCCAUACACCAAAGUCCUUCUGACUGUCAACCUGUUGCAGUGGUGUGCCCUCUAGAAAGCUGGAGGCUCUGAAGUUGCCGAUUUGAAGAAGGUUGCACUUGCUUAUAUUGAAGGGCAUAGGUCAACGCUUCGACCAGUCUUCGAGCCUGUUCAAAUUUGCUUGAAAGUGGUCUGCGUCUGCAACACUGUAAGUGACUCCACAAUUUUAUGCCGUCGGAAACAGAAUGGCAUCACAGUUUAGGUACCUGACGCCGUCAUUUAUGAAAACGAGGAAUAACUGGGGGCCUAGGACUGAGCCCUGUGGGAAGCCACUUACCACGCUUACCUCUGAGGUCUGUUGACGCCCGACCUGCACUCUUUGGGACCGUCCAGCCAAAAAGCUCUGGGUCCAUACAAGAAGGCGUCCACGAAUGCAAGUGUUGCGCAGUUUGUACAAUAGACGUUUGUUAGGAACGCUACUGAGGGCCUGUGUGAAAUCAACGUAGAUGGCGUGCACCACAUUGACUUCAUUGCGUGCUUUGUUUCAGCGUUGGAGCUUAAAGACGGGAUUCGUGAGACCACUUCGAAAGCCGCGUUGGGCAUCGUAAAAGAGAUAAUGCUGCUCGAGGGACCGCCUCAAGGCCUUCUUAAUGAUCUUCUCCAUGGUUUUGCAGCAGAGGGGGAUAGGAUUCACUUGCCUGUAGUUAUUCGCAGACGCGAGACCUCUACCUUUAAAAAGCGGAGUGAUUGUAGCGGACUUCCAAUCAGAGGGCAGGCGCCCACUAACAAAUGACGGUCGAAAGAGCAAUGCUAACAGGUUGGACAUUUCGGGAGCUAGCUCCUUCAGCAGCUUGGCCGAGAUGGCGUCAGGGCCUGGGGAGGUCGAUUCUUUCAGGUUUAGCAACUCUUUCUGAUUGUUUCGGUGGAGAAGACAGCUUCGAGGGUAGGCGCGCGUUUAGUAGCACUGUCGUAGUACUGUCUGCUUGAAUUUUCAUUGAAUACAAGUUUCUUGAUUUUCUUCAAUUAGAUCGGCCAAACGACACCGCAAGCAUGCUCACCUUCGAUCAUGCGUAUAAACAGAUUGCCCUUGUAGAGCUGCAGCUCAAUUUUUCUACUUAAAAUAGCUGCGAUCGCGUGCUAGUGAGGGUAGGUGUGAGCGAAACGUCCUCAGCUGCUUCCAUGCCAGAUUUCCUUCCUUCGGCCUCCUCUAGUAUUUCGAGCUGCAUACUGAUUAAGCGACUCAAUGCACCCCCUUAUUUAGUCUUCAUAAUGUUCUAAUUAUUCAAAGAGUCGCUUGCCAUCACUCAGCUGUUGUGUCAGUGCCACCAAUGCAACAAUAUACGCCGCCUAGGCGAGGCUCUCGUCGCGUCAGCCACCUGCGUCCACUCCCACCUCCGAUAUUCUUGACUAUGUCUUAACAAAGCUCCCACGUCGGGAAUAAGAGGGCGUCGUAGAUGCGACUUAAGUCUAAUAAUUCCGCUGAGGUCACCAUCCCUGUUCUUACUCUGCUGCGGAGCACGCGGUGGACAUCGUCGAAGUCGAUGGCCGAACUGUCAUCACACUACACUGUCCUGGCACCCCAAACGGUGAAUACAUGUAACUGACCUCCCUGGCAAAUCAGCAUCGCUUCCGCGUGCUAGAUUUUCGAUAAAACCCCAUGUGUGCUUCUUGGAAUAUGUUACUUCACAAGUCCGCGUAGUUGCAUAGAGUCUUGCUGUCUGUUUUCAUAGAUAUUUCUCAUAAAUUCAGGCCGUCAUCUCUAGCACGCAUUAUCUACUAGCCUAUUUGUAUUGAUUGCACUAACUCAUUGGUAAUUGCUGGCAAAACCUUCAUUUCAAUGGUCGUUUUAUUUGCUUCGAGGAUCAAGCUCCCCAUGAAGGCUCCUACUGCAAAACUGCGUGGCCUUAUGUCAUACGUUGAAUCCAUUGCAGUUCGGACGUACGUGCACCCGGCAUCUCCGUCGUCGAUUUCGAUGACGUUCACCGUGUGCUUCACAGCAGGGUGCAAGCAGGAACAGUGAAUUUCGUAGGAAUUAGUUUAAAACUUUAUUUCUGUUUAUCGAUAUGAAUAGGGUGCUCAAGGGCGAAAGCCUCAUUCCCUUAAAAACUGACUUAAACUGACUAAAACGAUAGUAGACUGGUGCACCGUCCACCGUGGUAACUCCUCCUUCUCCUUCUGGGUCUUGUAUCAUGACCGGGUCCGGCAGGUGUUAUUGGGGGUGUGGGGAUGCCAACAUUGAGGGUGCGGUGGCGAGAACAAGCGCAGGCCCAAGUCAUGCCAGUUCCGAUCUCAGCCUCUCCGCUCAUGUUUACGUGCAAAAUCCUGAUCAGUUGCAUACCGUGGACCAGGGGGUGUGGUGGUACGCUUAGGUGCGGAUUUUCGCCGCGCCGGCUACCUGUGUCGUGUCCUGCAUCUUAACUUCUUGACCCUGCUGGAGACCGGAUCCAGAUGUGGGGGAGGAAGGAUUGCAGUAGAUACAGCGAAAGCUUACCACCACUAUGAAGGAAUUCACGCACAUGUCACCGUUCCUGUUCCCACCCUGCUGUAGGGCACACGCCUGACAUCGUCGGAAACGACUUUUGGACUGUCGGUGGUUGUGAUGAUGAUGAUGAUGAUGAUGAUGAUGAUGAUGAUGAUGGUGGUGGUGGUGGUGGUGCCAUCCGGUCCUAG